CCCAUUUCACUCUCUUCUUCCUUUCGAUUCUCUUCUUUAUUCAUCGCUACUUUGUUUCUCCGAUCGCUUUAAUUGUCCGAUUUCUUCAUCCGCGGUCUCUUUUCCGAAGCGGAUCCGACGAAUUUGUUGCUUUUGCAGUUUGGAUUUCCGUGUUGGUAGACUGUCGAUAUGUUAGGAGCGGGUGUACGGUUUGGUCGCGCCAAGGGAGAGGACCGGUUUUACGAUUCAUCUAGAGCCAGGAAGGGGCUUCUCAGUCGUCAAAAUGAUAGGCUAUUUACAUCUCAACAAGAUGCUUCUGCUACUACUCCAUCCUAUGCGGAUAAGGAAGUUGUUUCCACACGCCCCGUCGACCGUUUAGCUUCUGAUGAAGCUACUAAACCAGUUCCUGUUUCACUUUUGAGUAAUCUGGAGCGGUUCUUGCAGUCGGUUACUCCUUUUGUGCCUGCUCAGUUUCUCUCUAAGAGUGCGUUGAGAGGUUGGAGGACGUGUGAUUUGGAGACAAAGCCUUACUUUUUGCUUGGGGAUUUGUGGGAGGCUUUCAAAGAGUGGAGUGCUUAUGGAGCAGGAGUGCCUCUUUUAUUGAAUAACACUGAUGGUGUGGUUCAGUAUUAUGUCCCGUACUUGUCUGGCAUACAAUUGUAUGCCAUGGAAUCGUCUACAAAGACAAGGCGACGGGGUGAGGAGAGCGACAGUGACUAUAGAGAUUCAAGUAGUGAUGGUAGUAGUGAUUCUGAAACAAUUAAAAGAAUAAAACACAAUAGAGAACCACCCCACCAUAAUGAUCCGUCUAUCACAGAUCCUCUUAGAAUGGAUAGAUUGUCUUUGAGGGAGCAGCACUUGGGACUUCAUGAAGACUGCUCCAGUGACGAGGCUGAAUCUUUCAAUUCUCAAGGCCGCCUUCUAUUUGAGUAUCUUGAAAGAGACCUACCGUAUUUACGUGAACCUUUGGCUGACAAGAUAUCAGACCUUGCUUCUCGCUUCCCACAGUUGAAAACAAUGAGAAGCUGUGACCUCCUACCGUACAGUUGGAUAUCUGUGGCUUGGUACCCAAUUUACAGGAUACCAACUGGGCAAACAUUAAAGGAUCUUGAUGCUUGUUUUCUCACAUACCAUUCUCUACACACACCAAUGAGAGACUCUCAAAGCCCACCAAUACCAUUUGUGGCAUAUCCUUGUAAGACAAAUGGUGCUGCAAAGGUUCCUUUAAGAAUUUUUGGACUUGCUUCAUACAAGUUUAACGGGUCGUCAUUGUGGAUGCGAAAUGGUGGAGUUGAGCAUCAAUUGGCAAAUGCCCUCUCGCGAGCAGCUGAUAAUUGGUUAAGAGAUCUCCACGUCAAUCACCCAGAUUUCCUGUUCUUCAGCCGCCGAGAUGCAACACCAUACUGAUGCAAUACUCUUACCAACUAGAAAACAAAAGUUUGCAUGAAGUGGCCCUGCAAAAGAAUCCCAAAACGUGAUGAAUUUGCUGUAUGCUCAGUGAAGGUGGGGUGGUUCACUCGUUAGCUUUCAUUAAGGUGGAGGACUGGAGGAAGUUUAAGGAAUGGGAUAGGUCACAAAAUUUCGAGGCUUUAGACGCCGGGGGUGCACGUGUCUGAUGUAGUAACAAAGCCUGAUAAAAAGUGAACGCUAAAAAUGUUAGAAAACAUUGCUAUAAGGCACGCUGGUUUAGCAAGGUAGAUAUUGGUUCGACAUGUAUUAAUAAGCAGGUUUUCUUGUUUGCCUUCACUUUUUUCCUUAUCUGUCCCCAGAAGUGCCAUCAUAUGAGAAAUGAGGCCUUCUUUGAUCUCUCUGACUGACGGUCCUGAUUUUGUUAGGUUGUAAUGUUGUUCAAGUGGAUUUUAAUAGGUUUUAUUCAGGAUCUCGGUGCGUCAGGCAUUGAACUGUACCGCAGGAGUAUCCUUGACCAUGAACUGGUUAUAACAAUUACAAAUGUUCAUGGAAAGCGUACAAUACGCCCUCGACUUGGGCUUCUAUCCGUACUUGGUUUGGUUUUCUUCUAUAUUCAGAUGUAUUUGAAGAUA